AUGGAAGCAUCUGAUCUUAUGGAAAUCGGUCAUGUUACGUUCGACCAAAACCUCAAAAUGAAGAUGACUCGACCACGAGGGGCUCAUGCAACGGGUCCUUUCUAUCAAAUAAUCGCAUAUCAGUUUGGUUCCUUCAGAAUUCUAGUUCGAUACGAAGUCGAUUGCGCUGAUUUUGCGGCUGCCAAGUGUCCACCAGUUACCGUAGACGCCUCAGAAACUCUUCCAGAGAGGAAAAAAGCGGCUGAGAAUGAAAACAUACAGGUGGUUGAAUACGGAGAAAUUCCACGCGACAUUCCACUACAAGUGUUGACGACGUACCCUCAAGGAGCCGGAUUUCCGUUUUUUACAUGGGCGCGGUUAUUUUUUACAAAUGCCGAUCAGCUCGCAAGACACCUUUUUCAAGUAAGUAAUGACGAUGAUGAUGAUUGGGACUUAAAGGAGAUUGUCGGCUGGUUCAAAGGAACUGGAGACUUUGGCAAACCAUCGUUCUACACACAACAAGACAUCUCGAAAAUGAUGAAACCUUUACCUUACGUAACCCUAAGCAAAGUUCACGACUGCCUCGAUAAAAUUUACAAAUUCCUGACGAAGAACGAUCCUGAGUUCCGAUGUGGUCUAAUCUGGAAGGGAAAGAAUCACCUUGAAAUUUUCGCAAAGGUCAGCACGCCCAUAGAAACUUCUUAA